AUGGAGUUUAUGUGGAAAAGCCAGAAGUUGAAAAGGCUAAAAAAAAAGUGGUUACAGAGAAAGCAGAGCGGAGCUCGAAUUGGAGCUUUAAUGGCGAUUACGCCUCGGACCCGUAAAAGGGUCCGUGCGAUUCCUCGCGCUCCUGACGGAAGUGCCUUCCGGAACUGCCCUAGGUGCGGCGUCUCGGUCGCGAUUUCUUUGGCUGACAUGCACGAGUGCGAGUCGAGUCAGAAGGUGAAAAGGUUCAGAGGAAUACAAAAGAGCCCAAAUGUUCAAAAGGGGAGAUUCUGGGACCAGCCCAGAUCGCCCUUUUGUUUCUUCAUGGAAGAGUUUAAGAAAACAUGUGAAAGUGGAGAUUCGAUUGAAAUUGAUCGGAAAGGUUUUGAGACUUGGAAGAACAUGUCCAAGGAGGAGAGGCAACCAUAUGUCAGGAAAGCUGCUAGGGUGGACUCUGCUUACUACAAAGGCUUGGUUGAAGAGGUGAAUUCAGAGAUUGACAAUGAGGCAGAUUCGACAGCAGUUCAGAAGAUUUAUCCAUGGGAAGACUGUUCAGAUUCUGGAUGGCACACUUAUGUGGCAAGGGAUGACUGGCUUAUUUAAAAACUUCAAAGUGAAGUUUGGAAAGGCUUUUUGAGGUCUAUUUUUGUCAAAAAUUUGGGUAAUGGAACCACCGUCCGGUUUGUGAAGAUGGAAAAUUGAGAUGGUGCUAGAAGUUUAACUAUUACCUAUCUUCUCAAAGGCAAGUCAUUUUGGCUAUUGUACAGUAACAUUAGGAAUUUCUAUUUUCUUUUCUUCUUUUUUUCUUGGGAGAAUAUAGGAAUUUGGGUCAAAGUGUUUUGGUAAUCUUGAGGAAGCGGGUUGUUAUUUCUUGUAAAUUGCAAUGGCAAUCCAUUCCAUUUACUUCGCUACAAAUUCGCUCGUUGUAAGGUUCAAUUAAGGUUCAUGAAACCUCAUGUGUUGAGUGCUUUCGCCCAUUUUGUCGUACUAUUGGCCAAUUGCAAAUGCAAUCCAAUUCUCUUUCAAAG